UACUAACAAAAAUAUAACCUCAAAAUUUAGAAAACCUGUCACAUAUAUCUAUAAAUAUGAUAUAAAUUGGGUGUAAAUUAGUUUUAAUCACAAAAUAAUGGAUGAUUUGAAGCAUAAAAUCUUAUCGUUAAUAAACAAGCAGAACACGAAAAUCCCUUCGAUGGGAUUUUCGGAUUCAAGUUAUCAUUUCCCCCAAGAAACGCUCUCAAUAAACAGUAAAACUGUAACGGAGUCUGAUCGACCGGCCGAUCAAGAUAUUUUAGAAAGUAUUGAGGCUGCUUAUUUCUCGAUGAGCCCUGAUUUUGAUAUUUGUCGAUUUGAAUUAAGUAAAUUACCUGAUGUACUUGACUGUGAUCAAAUUCAAAGAGAUUUCAAAAAUCUCAAACAACAACAUCAGGUUGUCUCGAAAAAAGUGUUGCAAUUAAUUUUGGAGCAUCAAACGGCCUGUAAUGGGGAGUUCCAAGAUAUGUUGGUGAUAUAUGAUCAAUUAAAGGAAGCUUUGGGGUUGUGUAGAGGAAGUAGGAAGAAUUUAGAGAUAGCUGAACGACAAUUUUCAGAUAGUUUAGGAAUCUUAGCGAAUUAUAGGAAACGAAAAUUGGUGCAGAAUUUAUUAAAAAGUUUAGUAACCAUUCGCAAUUUACAUCACACCGAUUUUACAUUACAAAAGUUAUUACACGAAGACAAUUAUCCUGGUGCUAUCGAGCUUUUAAUCGAAUGCAGAACAUCAGCUAAUACUUACAGGCACUUUACAUGUGUUGCAGCUUUAACCAAUAAAUUACAAGAAACAUUGGAGUAUACCGAAGAGCAAUUAGACCGAGUUUUAGCUCAAAUGUGUUAUUAUUUCGAUGGUGUUAAAUACGACAAGUUACAACAAGCUUUUAAAUUGUUGGGGAAAACCCAAAUUGCUGUGGAUCAUUUACAUAUGCACUAUAUUAGUGCUAUUUACAACACUGCUUUAAAUAUUGUCCAUAUGUAUGUUUCAACUGUUGAUAAUACGGAUGUAAAUGAUAAUACGGGGAAAAAGAUUUAUAAAAAUUUGUGUUUGGUGAGUUUAUGGUUAAAUAUUACUCUUUUUUAAGGUGAGAUAAUAAGAUAUUACAUAUAAUAAUUACAAUAAUUAUAUUGUUAUUUAAAACAGCUAUCCAACAAAAGAUGGC